GAGGCCAACGCCAGCCACCACCUCACGACAAGACCGUCGAUCUCAAGGCCGCCGCCGCAGCAGUAUACAGCAAGCUCAGCAAGGACGACCCGCUCAGGCAGCACUACGAGGCCCUCUGGCCAGAGCUCGCCGCAGCCAAGCCACCAGCAGAACAACCAGUUGCUGGAUUUAAGGCAGUGGAGGCAGCAGCUCGACGCUUGGACAAACUCCAGAAGAAGGUACGAUCGGCAGGGGAGCAAGUGGAGAGUGCCCAGCAGUACUUGGCUGAGAGUGAACGCAAGCCUCGUGAAGCUAUGGAAGCCUCCAUUGCAGCUGAAGAUGAGUUCGACAAGCUCAAGGCCACAGUCGGCAAGCAAGAGGCACCAGCUGAACCUGCAGCCGAGAAGCCAACUCUGGCAGCCCUCCUGGAGCAGUUCGAGCAUGAGCCUGACGACUUCCACAAGUGGUCAGAGCCCGACAAGGAGGUCUGGCGAGCAGCAAAGGCCAAGGGCGAGCGCAUGGCCCAGACGGUCAAGGAGCACGAGGAGGAGACGGCGAAGCACCUGCGACUUCUGGAGGAAGAGACGGCCAGGCACCAGGAGCAGCUGCGCCAGCUCGAGCAGGUGCCACCACAGGCGCUGAGGCAGCAGGGUCAGCUGCCGCGGCUGCGCCUAACGGCGCCGCAGCAGCUGCCCAACCAGAAGCAGCUGCAGCAGAACAUGACAAAGCAGAGGAGCGCCGAGCCAGAGUGGAGGCCCAUAUCCAGGAGGCGCGAGAGAAGGUCUCGCAGGCCAGGCGCGCCGAGACAGUCGUCGAUGCAGAAGGGCAAGGUGACCACUCAGCAGGGCAGCCGCCCCAAGGCGAGCGCGAAGAAGGCUCGCCGCCCUUGCCACAUCGACUUCUUCAAUAUCACGACCUGGGGCCCCCAGGCACAGGGCUACCUCAUGGAGAUCAACGACGCCAAGGACAGGGGCAUCAUUGGCAUCGCGGAGCACCACCUCCGCCAGCCUGCGCAGAUAAGCAGGGCAAGAGCGGCGCUCAGGAGGAAUGGCAUGCACAGCUACUGGACCAAGGCACGGCCAGGAGAAGGAGAAGGCACUCGAGGAGGAACGUGUGCCAUCACGCGAGGAUCCUUGGACAUCCAGGACAGGAUCGCGGGUUUCGACGAGCACUACCUGCACGAGGACGGCAACGACGUCACGGUGGUGAUCUCCAACCUGCACAAGGUCCGCUUCGCAGUGGCCUUCGUCUACCUCGAGCGUGGGGCGGGCUUUGGAGAGAGGAACGUCGACAUCCUCAGCGACCUGCGGGAGAAGAUGGCCGUCUGGGGAGGGCCAUGGGCAGCGCUUGGGGACUUCAACAUGACGCCGACGGAGCUCAACAACAGCAUCUGGCCCAGGGUGCUGAAUGCUCAAGUAGCUGCGGCGGAGGAUGGCGCCCCCACGUGCUUCCCAGCAGGAGGCGAAGCCAGGUGCAUCGACUUCGCGCUGAUCUCGCAGGGCCUGGCGCCGUACUUUGACCAGCUAGAGCUGCUCAGGACCGUGCCGUGGAAGCCGCACAUCGGCAUCCGCUUGAAGCUGAAAGGGCGGCAUCUCAAGCUCAAGGGCAGAGUACUUCGCAGGUUGGCAGAGGCAGGAUGCGACCUGGAAGAGAACGACAUGGAGCCAGUGCCGCAGCUGUACUACGACAGGGAGAUCCAGCACGUCAUCCCUGACGAGCUGUGGCAGGCCACCUCCGAGCGGGUCAGCUUGCGUGCCUACGACGAGUUGCCCCAGCACUUGCAGCACACUGUCGUCGGCAAGAUGAUGGAGCGGGACAUGCUGGACCUGGGGCAACAGUACGACCACUUCGCAAGCACCCUCGAGCUCAGCCUGCGCGAGAGCAUCGGCAUCCCAGAGGAAGAGCGAGGACGACAUCUCGGGCACAGCAGGCCCCCGAGCUACAAGAGCGUGAGCAUCAAGGCUGAGGUCCAGGCCAGCGCAGCGGACCAUGGGAAGGCAGCUGGCCCCUGCUCUGAGAUGGGUCAGGGGUUCCCGUCCCUCGAGCGCGCCGCCACGGGACGCAACACCAUGGACAUCCAAGAUCAUGACCCCUUCGAGGAUGAGGAGGACUACUUGGAGUACCGCCAGGAGAUCGCAGACCAGGAAAACAGCGAUGGGUACCACCAGCACAUCGAGGGGCAGCAGGCCAGCCUCGAGUUCAGCCAGACCGUUCGCCGUCGAGCAGCUGGACCUGCUUCUCACCCACCAGCAGGACGCAGCACCAUGGACGUCCAAGACCACGACCCCUUCGAGGAGGAGGAGGACUGCCUGCAGUACCGCCAGGAGACCGCCGACCAGGAGGACUGCGAUGGGUACCACCAGCGCAUCGAGGGGCAGCAGGCAGAUGAGCAACGAGAUAUGGGCCUGCCCCCAUCAGACCCCUGGAAUGAUGACCAACACCAGCGAGAGCGAGAAGACUACGUGGCCAUGAGAGACGGCCUGGAGUACUGGGCGGCCAUCUGGAUGGAUAACUUGGUGCAGCUCCCCACGGACAACAGCAACUGGAUGCAGAUAUGUGUGCCGUUCCUGGAGACCAUCCUGGGAGGCGGAGGCAACAAUGGCAUGGUGAGACUGCUCAGGCGUAGGUACCAGCAGGCCGACCUCAGCCACAUCAUCAGGACGCAGCAGCAUAUCAACACAAGACGGCAGCUUGCGCAGCAGCUCAACCAGCCUGACCCAGGCAGGCUGAACGAAGAAGGUGCAGCCAAGGACCAGCAGCAGGCCCUCCUCGCAGACCUGAAUGCGAUAGCAGAGGGCGCCCUCGUGGACCCAGGGACGAUCAGCAGGGUAGCAGAGGAGGUAAAGAGCAUGGCCAAGCUACUCACAAAGGCGGUGAAGAAGGCGUACAUCCACUGGGUGCACGACGCCACGGCAGGCAGUGCGAAGAUGGCCCACGCCUACACCAAGGCAGCGGAGCGCAGCCAUCUGGAGGACAUCCUAGAGCACGAGGGCCAGGUCAUCAACCACCCGCAGCAGCUGGUGGACUUGCGCGAGGAAGCAUGGCAACGCAGGUGGACACGAGAUGCGCAGAAGGCCGAGAGGAUCCAAGAGGCGCUGGCCAAGCUGAGGCAGGCUGCCUUGGCCCAAGAGAAUGCCCUCGAGCCCAUCAGCAAGGACAUCAUAGGCUCCAUCAUCCAGCACCUGAAGCGCAAUGCUGGCCAAGGAGCGGACUGGUGGAGGGCUCCAGAGCUCAAGGCCAUGGGCGCCCAGGGGCUGGAAGAUUUCGUGCAGUGCCUGACCAGCUGUGAGCAACGGGAAGCUUGGCCGUGGCAAUUCUACCUGGUGCUGGAGCUGCUGCUGGGUAAGAAACCAGGAAUCGGUGGAGAGCGCCCCAUCGGCCUCAUGCCCAUGCCGUACCGCAUCUGGAGCGCAGCCAGGAGGCCCAUAGUAGCCACCUGGAGCAAGGCAGCGGCGGGCUUCUGGGAUACGGCAGUAGCUGGCUCCUCAGCGCUACGAGUGGCAAUGCGCAGACUGAUGAGGGCAGAAGCCGCCACGGAGAUGGGCUUUCAUGCAGCAGGAGUGUUCUACGACGCGGCAAACUUCUACGACAACAUAGGCCUUGACCAGCUGAUCGAGAAGGCCAGUGCCCUCCAGUACCCGUUGCUGCCGCUGGCAAUGGCCGUGCAGAUGUACCUUGCGCCCAGGGCCAUCAUGGCCCACGGCCUCUUCUCGGACAUCUUCGAGCCUGCCAACAGUAUGGUAGCUGGCUGUGGCCAAGCGGUAGACCUCACCAGACCGCUUUUGUAUGGUAUCCUGGAUGCUGCACACAGGCACCACAUCUUCGUCGUCAUGCAGCAGUGCCUGGACGACUUGGCCCUGCAGGUAGAGGGCGCGCGGCGGCAGGUCAUUGACCAGAUCAAGCACGUGGCAGCGCUGGUGCACGAUGGAUUCAAGCGGCUCGCGAUCCCCAUCUCUGUCAAGACGGCAGUGGUGGCCUCGGACAAGGACCUCCAGGCAGAAGUCGCCAGCAUCCUGGCCAAGGCCAAGCAGAGGGUGGCCAAGCUCAGGGGCCUAGCGAAAACGGACGCCAGAGGCGCGGCAAAGGUCUAUUCAGCAGGUGCCUACUGCCAGCAGGCUUGGGACUUACCAGCGCACGGCAUCACGCCCACGGAGGCGAAGUUGGUCAGGGCAACGGAGGCAGCGCUCCUCGCAGGCGGACACAAGGCAGGACGCUGCACGUCCACCAUCCUCCUGAUCCAGAGGGGUAUGCAAGAGGCAGUAACCCGAGCCAUCGGCGACCAGAUCAAGCAGUUCUGGCUCACCGUAGUCGACCACCCGACGGAGCUCAAGAGGUGCCAGAGGGGCUGGCUCCUGCUCUACGCCAAGCUGGCCGCCCUGGAACCCAACCGCAGGUGGCAGCAGGCAGCCAUGCUGGAGACCAUAGCGGCGGCGGGCAUCUGGACCAGGGAGCGUCGCAGGGCGGCCAACCUCAACCAAGAAGGCGACGACACCUGCGCGAGAUGCGGCGAGGCGAUAGAGACAGAGGAACACCGCUACUACGCAUGCCCUGCCAACGCAGAGAUAGGGCACAGCAAUGGCACCGACCUGGCGAAGAAGGCGAAGGACGCGCUGGACCAGCGGCAGGACCUGCAUAUCUGGCUCCGAGGCAUCCCGCCAGCGGCCUGGGCAGCCAAGGUCGACCCAGACGAGGGCGCGGCGAAGGCGGCGCAGAUCUUCUGCACCAGUGAAGAGGCUCAGGCGGCAGCCCAGUCAGGACACAAUGUUCGAGCAGACUAUGUUUUUACGGACGGCUCAGGUGGUGCAGGGGAAACGGCCAGGGGCCCCCGCCUCAGACGCUGCGGCUGGGCAGUGGUGGCUUUCAGGUUCGACGAACAAGGACGUCCGCAGGAAGUGGCUGCCUGGUGCGGCACAAUUAGGGCACCGCACACGGUGCCACGGGCAGAGCUCACCGCCAUGAGCAAAGCCAUCGGGUACACCACGGCGGCGACAGCCAGGGGGCUCAACAUAGUCAGCGAUUGCAAAUACGCCCUGGACGCACUCAAGCAGAUCCAGGACCCUGAGGAUCUGGGCUACAGGAGCACGAACUACGACCUCUGGCUCCAGACGAAGCAGCAGCUGCAGAACAGCACGGACACCAUCAUGGGCCACCACAUCCCGAGCCACCUGAUUGAGCACCCAGCCGAGCUGGAGAGGUGGAGUGGUCUCACCUGGUGGGUCAUAGGAAACGAGAUGGCAGACAAGUACGCGGGCUGGGGGGCGGAGCACGGAGCACUGGACCCAGCCAUCAUCGCGCAGCAGCAGAUCAGAGACCAGAUCACCAUGGCGGUGCAGAACCGGUUGCUGGCCAUCAACAUGGCGGCGAUGGUGGAGGACCCCAACAAGGACCAGCACGGCAACGUCAGGCUCGACUUCAAGGCGGUGCAGAGCGGUACGCAGGUGGUGCACGUCUCCCACAAGACGCAGUACACCCAUGGCUGGCUCUGGUGCGAGAAAUGUGGCGGCACCAGCUACCUUGGGGACCACAAGAGCAGGAUCGUGGCAGGAGUCUUCAAGCUUGGCCCGAGUAACCACGAGGCGAUCGAUCUGGACGGGGACAGCUCAGAGGCAGGGGACCCGCAGCCAGCUCCACAGCAGCCACCCAGCCAUCCGCACUCUGUCGUCCACGCCAGCUGGAGGCUCGUCGACCACAUGGAGGGCUACGCGGAGCAGUGGAUGAACAUGGUCGACCAAGAGGUCUGGGACGAUAUGGACGACUGGAUGGAGCACUGCGUACCGUACCUCCUGGCCAUCACCAAUGUGGGUGGCAGAACGGACACGCUAGAGCAGACCAGGGCCGUCACCGUGCAGGAGCUCCAGCAGAUCAAGGACUUCUGCGAAGAAGUCUGGCGCAACACGCACCGCACGCGACGGAGGCUCAUGACCAGGAUGCUCACCCUCCCGUAUGGUACAAGGCAGCAGGCAGCUAGAGUGCACAUGGACGCCUUCCAGAAUAGAAGGAACAACAUCCUAGCGCACAGCAUCCCCAGCAGCGAGCGCAGGCCGCUGCCGAGAACAGCGGAGGCCAGCCGAGAGUGGUCACCAGAGAACCUGGACGAUGACGACUCUACCCCAGACAGUGAAGCCCCAGAGCUGGAGGGUGAGCCGAGCAGCCAGGAGAAUGAGACCAUGGCGGGACCUGAUCAGAGGCACGACGCCAACAGCCUGACGCAGACGGCAGCGCAGGUGGCAGUAACGCUGACCAAGCCAGUGGGGCCCGACCUGAUGAAGUUCGUGAGCGAAGCCGACGAGGUCGGCCUGCUCCACCCAAGGCUUCGACACAACAAAGGAGAAGCUGACCAGGAUCCCGAGCAGGAGGUGGCGUGGCUCGAGAGGAACAGGCUCGAGCAGCUCACGCAGUCGCUGGCAGGCUGCUGGAGCCAGAAAGAGGGCGAGCAGGGCUGGCCAUCGUGGCAGGCCGCGUGCGUGCCCCAUGUGCUGAGGGCGCUGCAGACUGGCGUCUAUCAGAGGCUUUUCAGCAACGAGUCAGGGACGAGCCGCCAGCGCAGCCAGCGCCGAGCGGCUGAGGAGAUCUGCCGCCUGGCAUGGCUCAACAGCGGAGAGGCGCGCAGACAGAUCCAGCAGCAGGGCCCGAAGGAGGCAGAGCGGCGCAGAGCAACGGCUGAGCAGAUCCUGGGACGCAGCACCAAGGACAUGGCAGACCUCAAACGCGUCCCUGAAGAGGAGAACAGCGAGGAUUGCCCCCAGCAGGCCGUAGACAAGCAAAACAGCGAUGACAACCACCAGCAGCUCCCAGAUGUACAGCACAGCAUAGGGUACCACCUGGCAGACCGCAGAGGACCCCAGCGUGGCGAGGGGUUAGGCCACGGAGGGCCCCAGCGCGGUGAGGGGUUAGACCGCAGAACCAAAGGCAAGCAGAGGAUCGAGGCGGAGGUCCCUGACGAGCCCAGUGAGCACGACGCGGACGUCUUGACCAACAGUGUGGUAGACAGGACCUCGCAACUAACAGAGCGGACCCAUACCCUGGGAAACCGACAGGCUGAACGCGAGGGGGAGGGCUUGGCCCGCGGAUACCACGUGAACCGCGAACACAGCGAGUGGCAUAGUCGGGGGACCUCGCCUGAGCCAGUGGGCAGCAGCACCGAGGAUGGGGACAGUGCGAGACUCGGCGCUCCCCCGCGUGGCGAGGGGUUAGGCCGCAACACAGCGCAGCCUGAGAAGGCGGCAGACUACGACGACACAGACCUGCAGCGGGACUUGGAUAAGAUCUACGGCGACCCUCCCCAGCGCAGUGAGGGGUUAGACCGCAAGGCGCCCUUGCGUGGCGAGGGGUUAGGCCACGGAAAUCCCCUGCGCGGUGAGGGGGUAGACCGCAGGACCAAAGGCAAGCAGAGGCUUGAGGCGGAAGCCUAUGACGUGCCCAGUGAGCACAACGCGGACCUUUUGACCAACAGUGUGGUAGACAG